GAAUAGAAACAAUUAAUUAAGUAAUUAAAAUAAAAAUUGCGAAAUAAUUUUUAAUUUGUACUUUGAUUGUUUCAACAUGGCCUCUAAAGACGACAACGCUUGUCUUUCAGAUCCUAGUCCAUUAGAAAACGCUUGUGUACUAGAAGGAGCACCUCAAAACGUAGACCCUGAGCUAGAUGCUAUUCUGGAAAGUUAGUGUUCAUAGAUUUCUUGUUGUACACAAGUUUUUGAUGUUCUAAUGGGGAAAGUUUCUCUAUACUAUGAUAUCAUUGUGCUGACAAGUCUCCUUGCCUUGACGCCUUGACUGCCUUGACUUGAGAAUUGAGUUUGCAUAAGCAUAAACUUAAAUAAUAAAUGUAUUUUCAUUUGCAUUCUUUUGCAUUUUAUUUUAAAUGAAUGAUGAAGUUACCCUUUUCAUCAUAUUAAUAUUUGACUAAUUUUUCAUCCUAAUUUGUUCUUUUAUUUGAAAAAUAUGAUUUCUAAUUGUACCAGUAGUUACCUAAUUAUAAUUAAAUUAAUAAUUAUAACGAAGCGGAUGCGUACACCGCAGCGGUGUACCUAGCGAAAUCGUGGGCUUUGGCCUGGGUACACCGCGGCAAAAAUGUACCAUUCGCCUGGCUUUAACUUUAAGAUAUGCCUGUAAGAGAAAAUCUUGUGUGGUCAAGUGGUUGAGUGCACGCCUGGCGAUAAAUAUUAUAGUUUUAGAUCAAUUCCCAGUAGCGGAUCGAGUUUUGUUUUUCUUCCCAUUUUUAUAAAAGAUAUUUUAUAUUUAAAUUAUCAUGUUAAUUUGCAACAGUAGUUUCAUGAGAAGUUUUUGUGAAAUAUUUUUUAGCAAUUUAAAUAUAUGUUAUAUUCAGUAUUUAGAUUAUUAAGUGUUUCAACAAGUUGUGCCGGCCUUUGACUUUUAAAAUACUGUAAUAUUGUUAGUAAUAAGACAUUAGAAAACAAACUGAACAGUUCUGAAAGCGUAUGUAUAGUGUACGUAACAUGUAUAAGUAUAAGAGAAACAUUUUGAAUACUAAGAGAUAUUUUAUUGCAUUUCAUCAUUCUUUGUGUAGUUGAAUAUUUAGAUUUUACUUUUACGAACACCCGAAGAAAAUACCAGUAUAUCAAUAAUAUCAUAUGUCAUAUGUAUACUAAUGUGCAUCGUUGUAUUUCAACCAUCUUGCUUUCACUAUGCAUUGGCAAAAUGUGCACACGAUAUCAACAGUUCAUUCACAAACCUCAGGCUCACAGCAAAUCUUUUGAAAAAAAAGAAGAUUUUAGAAACUUACAGCGUGGUAGCAAACUGUAUAGCAAAGUCAUAGGUCUGCGUUUACCCUGUUCAUGACGGAAUUUGUUUCCAGGAUGACAUGUACUAUUCUCAGGGUAAAACACAACGUUUUCUCAUGGACAUGUGCAUGGGACAGGAUUUGCGCUAUUUCAAAGUUUUUUAUUGGUUGUUUUUUGUUAAGAAAUUGAUCCUUGGUGGGGGUGGAGGUAAGUUAUGGGCAGAGGCUAAACCAAAAAGGGGGCCUACUCAAAUCACGACUCUGGAUAGGGGUUGUCCACAAAGGACAUCCGCACAACAAACUUACCCGGAAAAGGGGGGGGGGGGGGGGGGGGGUGCUGAUAUCCGCCGACACUUUUUACUAAUGUGUAAUGCCAAUGUAAAACUAAUUCAAUGAUAUUUAAUUAUUGUUAAAAGACUUUUAAAAAUCACUGCAGUGUUUCAUAUUGAUCAUCAUACUGUCUACUGUUGUUUUGUGUUGACAAUCACUUGAUAUCACAAUGACAAUGCCUCGGACAACUUUAACUUCACAACUUCAUGAUCUCUUCCCGUAACUGCCGUAGUGUAUUUUUGGCGUAAUUAUAUCUUGGUGCUAACAAAAUUGAUACACUGGCUUCCCAUUCAUUUUUACACCACGCCCGAGGGAUCACAUACAAUUUUAUAAUUAUAAUACCCUCCUCCCCCCCCCCCCCCCCCCAGGGGGGGGGGGGGGAAAAAAAUUUAAAAUUAGCUCCUUAGCUAUGCCUAUUAAGAUUCACAAUCAUAGGAUAAAACUUACCCAAUUAAUAAAUAUAUUUGUAUUUCAUUAUAUUGGGGGAAAUAAAGUAAAGUGGUUAACUUUAAAAUAAAUCAUGGUUUAACAUUACACCCCCAGCCAAAUAAAUAAUAAGAAAUGCUCUACAAGUACUUUGCCACAUAAAUAUAAGCGUGGAACUUUCACAAUAUUAUCCUCCCAAGGUACUAAACGAUUUUUAAAUAAAUAGUUUUCAGUUUUAACAAGAGUAUAACAUUAAAUCUACAAAUACAGGUUAGGCCAAAAAGUUUAAGAAUCGGAAAGACCAUGGUUAUUCUACUUUAAAUCGCUGCGGUGUAUGCAGGCCACAGACAAUGAUUUAGCUAGGUACACCGCCGUGGUGUACGCAGGCCAAAGUCAAUAGUUUUGCUAGGUACACCGCCGCGGUGUACGUAGUGCCGGACUAAUUAUAAUGAAUAAUGACACACAAGGUAUAGUUCAUGUAGCCCAUGUAGGCCUAAUAUUUAGUUAGUUUAAUUAUCAAAUAAGUUAAUUAUUAAUAAAUAAGUAAUUACUAAUUAGCCUUAUAAUUUAAAAAAUGAAAUGAAUGUCUCGGUUUCAUACUCAUCUAUUAGAGACUAUAUAAACUAUAUUUAUAGUCAUAGACUAUACCUUUGAAUGAAUCAAAUUUGAAUCACCUAGAAGUGGGUCCUCAAUAUUAAUAUUCAUCCAUGGCAUUAUUCUUUGUUUCUUAUUUUUAUAUUCAUCCUGUUUUUUUUUAAAAUAGAAAUUUUUGUUGUCUGUUGGCAAGAAAAUUUGAUACUUGUCCCACCUGUCUGUGAGUUAAUAAAAAUCUCAGGCAGUGAUUCAAAAUACUAAUUUAUUUCUUUUUAAUAUUUAUGAUGCAGCUAUUUUUUAAGAAUAUGUGACCAUGGCGUUCUGGAGCUAGAGAUUUGUUUGUUUUUGCAUUUAAUUGUAGAAAUUUAAAAAAAAUUGGGGUUAAUUUUAGAGUUUAGUCCCUGUUUAUUUUUGUAAAUUUACCACUUACGCUUCUAUGUUUAUUUGCUAUAAUUUUAAUGGUUUGGAAGGUGGGGUGGAAGGUGGGGAGGGGAGAACGGGUUUCUCAAAUGAAGGUAAAUUUCUGGUUAAAAUUUUAUUUAUGUUGGCCUACAGUAUAUUUCAGGCAUCACAAUGAGUUCAUUUAAAUAUCUGUUACAACGAUCAAGUUAUAAUAAAGCAUUUUCAUAAUUAAUCACAAGUCAUGACAAGUGGUUUAUACAUAGUUAAAAUAUAUUGGAUGAUUUCCGGGAUUGAAUUCAAGUGAAAAUAUAUUUUGUUAAUAAUGAAUUGUUAAGUAAAAUUUUGGCCUGGGAAUGGAUUAAUUUAAUUUAGUUAAUCCCUUUCAAUCAAAUAGACAUGUUGCCCGCAAGAAGUUGACUGGUGAUAAAAAUGGCCAGUGAAGCUGUUUGGGUUGGCCACCACUGCUAUAAAGUUUAAAAAAUUAAGAGCUAUAAAUUUAGUUUAAGAGGAAACUGAGCGACCAAGAUGACUGAAUAAAAAAGCCUCUCAAAAUAGGAAAAUGGUCAAUUUAAAAUUGUAUUUUUUUUAACACAAUAUAUAGGCAAAUAUGUUAAGUAUUUUAAAAUAAGUUCUUAAGCAAUAAAUAUAGGUAUACUUAAAAAAAAAUCAUAAUGUGUAGAAUUUAAAAAAGUGUUUUUGUAAACAUAAGUGCCUCAAAAAUGUUUACAACUCAAACAUUAACUAAAUUUAGCAUUAAUAUCAUAAUAUAAAUACAAAAUCAGUUCACUUUAAGAGUAUUAAGUAUUGCUACAUUUGUUACAAUCAAAUUAUUAUAAAUGUAUAAAUUAUUCUUUUUCAGGUGCAUUGGCAGAUUUUGAUAAACCCAAAGAAGCUGCCCAAAAACAACCAUUAGCUGCAGGUGAAGCAGAAACGGACUGUAGUGGGAAAAGGUCACAACCUCAAGGUGCUCAAUUGCCUGUAAGCAGAUAUUAGAACCUUCUCAUACUUUCUUGAUGAUAAUGUAGCGAAUUACAGCAAAUGACAGAAGUUUUAGAGAUCUUAUGUUGGAAAAGUUUGGGGGUCUGAACACCCAUGACCCAUCAGCAGGGUUGCCAACUCAAUAAGAUGAAAUUUAUGUCGUCAAAAUUUGUAUGAGUAGAAAUUUUUUACCAAAUAUUUUUUAAUAUAAAUUUGUUAAAACCAUAGAGCUAAAAACAAGUGGUAUUUUUUGCACAACUAUGUCUUUUUCAAGUAUAUAACUAUGUGUGUCAAAUGAAAAAAAAAGUUUCAAGCAAACAAGAAGAAAUCACAAACGGUGAGAAUUCCAGUUUUGUUUAGUUCAAAAGCCUUUAGAACAAUUUCUUAAAGACUUUUACAGACAAUACAUAUAAGGUUAGAUUUUUAUGGACUAUCCAAAAAAUUUUCAGACAGUUGGCAACUGUACCCACCAGCCUCAUCUAUUCAGCCAACCUUUGAUAUCACCAAAUUCAGAUGUAUAAAUUCAUGUCAAGUAAAUAAAAAUAAUUUUCUAAACUACCACAGUUGUGAACAAUCCAUGGCUCUACUACUAGAUGUGGCUCAUCCCACUAGAUGUGGCUCUUUGAAUGAAUAGAUCCAGCUAUAUUUUUUUUUUACUAAUCUACAAUGAUAUUUUAACAAUCCGCCCUUGUCUGCGGAUCCCAAAUAAUGUUCUUGACUUAGAAAAUAUACAGUUCAUAAUUUUUGUUUGGAAAAAUAUGAAUUUUCCUUUAAUUUGUCAUUAUAAUGAAUUAGAAAGAAAUUAAACUACAGAAUAAACAAAAUGUCAUUAUUUUCAUAGUUUUUUUUUAUAGCUCAUCUCAGAGCUUUAUUUUGUCAAAGUUUCACAUUAGCCUUUUGAUUUUUACAAACCUUACAUCUUGGCUUGUUGUUUCAGGAGGAUGGCUUACCAGAAGACCCGAGCUAUGAUUUUUUAGCUGAUGCUAUGAGCAAACAGUUUGAGGACACUUUCAGUGCAUUAUUAAGUGAUCCUGCUUUAAAACAACAAUUUGCAGAUCUGGCAAACUCAGCAGAACAAGCUGGUAAAAUUAACAUCUGUUUGGUUCCAUUGAAAUGGAAAAAUAUCUCUUCAGUAUCAGCAUUUACAAUUUUUAAAAAUUGACCCUAACAUUUUGGUACUUGUUUUUAGAUUUAUCAUAAUUAUAUCUUCUCCACUUCUUCUUUGAGGUUCUUAAAAUACAGUACAAUGUAGUGUAGGGUCAUUUGCUGCAAUAAACCAGUGAUGCUUAGUAUCAUGUAUAGUUCUAAUACAUUAUUUUUGUCAUCUAUACAAGAAGACGAAUUUUCCAUUUUUAUUUUUAUUUUCCAACUAUUUCCAUUAAAAAAACUAGAAAUGUUCUUAUCAAUUUGACCAUGCUAUAAGGAACAGUUGAAACUUAAACUUUAUGAAUGUAAACAAAAAAAAACUAUGAUCACUGUAAAAUGGUAUUUCAACAAUCUAUAAGCUACAAUUUCAACAAAUGGUCUGCCAACACCCUCCAUCCCUCCCUUCAACCUGGUAUUAACAUCCCUGAUUCAUAAUAAAUGUUAUUGUUCAGAGCAGUACUUGUUACUACAUAUUCAUUAUUCAUUAAUUUAUCCUAUUUUAAAAAAAAUGAAAUAAAUUUUUGAGAUUUUAUUGGAGAUGAUGAUGUAAAUUAUUAUUUUUUUUCCUCAUGCAUUUAAAAAAAGGGGUAAGUUUGUUUAAAAAAUAUUUUUUUCCCCAUUCCUAUCAGCUUCAAGCAAUAAUCCACAAGCAUUUGCUGAAACUGUGGAGAAAGCACUCAGUGGUUUGAAUCUAAAUGCAGAAAGUUUGCAGGUGAUUUAUCAUUGAAGUUUAUUACAAAAUUUAAAUUUAUUCAUUUACAUUGGAAGGAGAUUGGCCGAGCACAGGAGGUCAAUGGCCUUAACACUUUUCAUUUCAAAUGUCAAAGUAUAAUUUCCGGUGGUGUUUUGUUAUUACUAUGGUUGUGUUUGUUGGAUGAGACGGGUGCGUAGCAGUUUUUAAAAAUAAUGUAAUAAAUGUAACUAAACACUUUGCAGCUAUUAAAAUAGUGGUAACAUUUUCAGGGUGAUCCUAAUCAACAAGAAUUAUGGGAACAACUUGCAGAGACUCUUGGGGCAGAAGCCAGUGGAGGAGGAGCAGAAGAAGGAUUGGGUGCAAUGAGUGGAAUGUUCCAGAACAUGGUUAAACAGUUGCUCUCUAAGGAGCUCUUGUACCAGCCUCUGAAAGAGGUUUUACAAAAGGUGAGCACUUUUCAAAAGCGCACCUUUUCAUUUCACAUGUUUUACCACUUGCUCGUCCAGCAUUUUCAGUCAAAAACCUUCUUAAACCUAUAUCCCAAUCAAAGAAUACUGCUUCAUCCCAUCCUGGGAUAUUGGAUGUAAUGAUAGGGAUUAAAAGUGGGAUCAGGGUGCUUUAAUUUUAAGAAGCGCUGCCUUUACAUGUUCACACUAGUUGACUGCAUGAGAAUGAUGAUGUUUAACUUAGUGGUUCCAAUAAAAAUACAUUUGUUUAUUUCUCUCUUUAUCCUGUUAUGAAGCAGGCUAAAUUUGUUUUGCUCUUUGUAUUUCUCUAUUUAUCCUGUUAGGAAGCAGGUUAAAUUUUUUUUGCUCUUUGGUCCCAGUAUACAGAAUACCUUGAAGAAAAAAAGACUGUGUUGGAACCAGAGAAACUUCUCGUAUACCGCAAACAGCUGGAGAUCAUAGAGAAGGUUGUAGAACAUUUAGAUGGAGAUUCAGAUGACCAUAGCCUGGAAGAAAAAAAUGCACGCUUUGAAGUUCUUCUUGAUUUGUUACAGCGGGUAAGCAGUAUUUUGUUUCAGCGGGCAUGUAGUUAUUUGUACAGCUGACAAAUAGUAGUUAAAGUAGGCAAAUAGUAGUUUUAUACAAUGGGCACAUAGUAAUUUGUUACAGCGGGAAAGUCGUAGUUUGUUCAGCAUGCAAAUAGUAGUAGUUAUUGUAGGCAAAUAGUAGUUCAUUACAGCUGGCAAAUAAUAGUUUGAUACAGUGGGCAUGUAGUAGUUUGUUCAGCUGGUUAGAGGUAGUUUUAAAAUGCUUAAGUAAUACAACCCUGACAUUUGAGUUCAAAUAUAAGAAAAAUUCAAUUACCAAUACCUAGAUAAAAAUUAAGGUUCCAAAAAUAUAAAAUUUACAUAAUUUAGUGUGAUGGCAGUCAGCAGUUUCUCUUAAUUGUUUUACACAUAUCAUUAAAAAAUUAGUCGUUGAUUACUUUAACAGAUGCAUGAGUUGGGGAAUCCACCUCAGGAAGUUGUAGGCGAUGGCAACAUGAUGAUGCCAAGUUUUGGAGAUUUCGGCAACAUGGGACAGGUAAAACUGACAGUAAUUUAAUUGAAAUAUUAAUAUAUAAAUCUGUUGGUGCAAACCUUAAAACGCUGUCGAUGCAAUCUUUUUUAUCUUCGGUGCAAUCCUUUAAAUGUCAUUCAAUUUAUUUUCAGUACAAUGCAUAAAUAACACUAGUUAUCUUCGAUGCAAUGCAUUAAAAGCUGUUCUACUUAAGUUCAGUAAAAUCUGUUAAGUGCUCUUUUAGACAUCUUUGCUAUCCCAUAAAAGCUGUUCAAGUUAUUUUCUGUAAUGCUUGUUAAAUACUCUUUUAGCUAUAUUCAGUGCAGUUCUGAAAUAAUUACAAGAAAAACUGCAUCCAGCAGUGAGUGGAUUUAUAAAAUUGUUGUGCUUGCAUAGUAAGAUUUGAUGGAAUCAAGUGAAGUGCAUGUUGGCAUAAAAAAUUCUUCCCAUAAGUUUUGAGACAUUUACAGACCUGUUUACUCUUACGAUUUUGGCGUACAAUGUAUGAUUUUGAGGUGAAUACUUUGUAUAUACCGUAUGUUUUUUUUUUUUACUAUUAAGAUAAUGUAUUGAACGAUCUUGUGAUGAUAUUGUACGAUUUUAUAGUUUGAGGGUAAGCAGGUCUGCAUUUAACUCUUAAUAAGAUGAAUUUUUAACUUUUGCACUGAACAUUUAGGAUAUUAAAAUAACCAAAACAGUGUCAGAUGUCCUUAGUCACCCUGGAAUUAAAUAGAUGUAAAAAAUAUUAUGUAUCAGAAAAAAAUUAAAGCUAAUUUGAAAAUGAAAGGGGAAAAAGAAUCAAUAGGACAUAUUAAUUGUAUUAUCUAAAAUGAUCAAAUAACCUAUUAAAUUGUACAAAAUUCCAAUUAUAGGACAGUUUGUAUCUUAGUUAAAUCUUAGUUUUUCUAGAAACACUUAUCACAAUAAUGUGGAUUAAUUAUGAAUUAAGUUUUAUUCUCUAGUUGAUUUAGUGAGUCUAUAAAAAUAAUGUACACAUUCCAAUUAAUUUUCUUAUGUUCACCAAUUUGUUGUUUGUUGACAUUUUGAUAUGUAAGGAUUAAGAAUUUCAAAAUUUAAAAAAAUAAAUAAAUAUUUUGUUGUACAUUUCCCUCAGCUCCCCAAUCUGGGCAGCCUAGGCAGUGCUCAGGAUCCAUCCCAGUGUUCAGUCAUGUGAUCAGACGCGGCGCUGAAUAUUUAUAUGUGAAUGAAGAGCAGAAACACAUAGCAAGAUAUGAGAACAGCAUCCCAUUUGUUAAACAAAAUCACAGCAUGGCCCAUUCAUUGCAAAGAGCACUGCAGGCUGACGCACCGGAGAGCAGGAAAGUAGGAUUUCCUGCUGGUGGUUUUUUAAAGUCAUAAAACAAUAAGAGUAAAAGUGUUCAUACCAUUUCUGUGAGUAAGUAGAAAUUUGCUCUGUACACUAAAAAUCAGCUGCUCAAAUCUGGCCCUUGCAGGUUUUUAAAAUAAAAACCUUUGCAGAUAGAUUUGAUUAAAUAAUGAGAAAAUACCCCCCCCCCCUCUGCAUUUAAGAGUCAAGGGCCCUCAACAAGAUAUUCAUAGUCAAAAAGAUACCUUUGACCUAUACAUUUCUGUGAGUAAGUAGAAAUUUGCUCUGUACACUAAAAAUAAGCUGCUCAAAUCUGGCCCUUGCAGGUUUUUAAAAUAAAAACCUUUGCAGAUAGAUUUGAUUAAAUAAUGAGAAAAUACCCCCCCCCCCCUCUGCAUUUAAGAGUCAAGGGCCCUCAACAAGAUAUUCAUAGUCAAAAAGAUACCUUUGACCUAUGUCUUUGUAUAAUCCAGUAAAACCUGUACUGGUAUGUUGUUUUAUGGUUUUAGUGCAGAACAUUGAAAGGUCAUUGGCCUUCACAAAAUCCAGUUCAAGUUUCAUCUCUACUAAUGAAGCAGAAAUCCCUCCUGAUAUGAGAUGCAGCAUCAUAUCAGAGUGAAAGCUAGUUAAAGCUAAUUAUAUAUUACUUGAUUUAUAAGGAAGCUCCCCCUUUUUUUUUAUUAUUGUCCAAAUUUUGUAUUGCUGAUUGAGUCUAAUUUUUUGUUGCAAGGCGUUACAUUGCGAUUUAUGUAUGAGAUGGACUGAUUUUAAAUAAUUUUUAAGUCUUUUGAUUAUUUUCCACAACAAUGUAUUGUUUUUUUAAGAUGCUAUGAAUUUUUUUCUGGAUUGACCAGUCUAGGCUAGUCAUCAGGUUGACUAUUUUGGUGAUUAAUUUUAAUUUUUAAUUUUAAGGAAUUAUACAUAAAAUGUCACACCUAACUCAUCAUUUUGUUGUUGAAAGAAUUAUUCACUAAACAAACAAACUGAUAAUAGGAGGCACACACAUAUUUCUCCAAUGACACAUUUCUAUUAUCAAAUAUGUCUUAAAAAAAUAAUUUCUUUUACUUUUGCACUUAAAGGCAACUAUCCUACUACAUCUUUCUCAUUUUUCUCUUCUCAAAAUAUGUGGGUUUUAUUUUUUGAUUCACUCUUAACCUGUAGUGUUUUUUUUUCUACUUUUAAAUUUAACCAAGCCCGAAACACAAUUUUUGUGUCCAUAUAGUUUGUCUAAGACAUCCAUUUAACAAAGCUUAAAGUAAGUUUAAGCUUUGUUAAUGCGAUAGCUGUCGAUUUGUUUGGUCUACUGGUAGCUUUAACUCAGUUUUGCAACUUAGAAGUCAACAUCUGAACUAACGACAUGGUACCUUUUUUUUUUAAAAGCUUUUUUAUUACUAAUUACAUUUCACAGGAUUAGUUUUUGGUUGUUUGUAAUAUUGUUUGUUGUUUCCUAAAAUUCCGAUCUCAGUAGAUUUUUAAAAUAUGCAACCCUUAAUGAUGGAGACCACUUGUGCAAAUAAUUUAACAGAUCUAUAUUUCAUUUGAAUUUAAUUUUUUCUGUCCUACUUUAAGGUAAUUUUUUAUACUUGUGGGAGUAAAAUUUGGUUAUCCUCUUGGCGAUUUUCUUUGCUCUGGAUGUUGAUAACUGUAUUAUCUUAAUAAUAACUUAAAAAAAUAAAAACCAGUUACUAGUUUUAAUGUAUUAUGAUAAAGAUUUUGUCCUUAUAAAGGACACAUUUCUUACUUUAGCUGUUAGGAUCAAUGUCUUUGCUUCAUAAUGUUUGAAACUGCUAUUACUGCUGUGUGUUUUAAAGUUGUGAAAUUAUACAAAAAAAUUAAAACUUUAAGUUUUGGAUUGAAAUUUUCCGUUUCUUAAACUGAGUUUAAUAUGUGAUAAAUGUUUCCUAUUAAAAUGAUUGUAGCAGAGUAGAAUGUUGUUAAAACAAAAUUAAACAAAUCAAUGGAGAAAUGUUAUCAGCCAAUGCAGAAAACAUAGAAAAAGUGAAAUAGAAUGUUCAUAUAUAAUUUAUAUUAAUUAAGUGCUUAAUGUUGAUGAACUCUGGACUUUGUCCAAAAAUGAAUUGAAAAGUUAACUUUUAUCAGUAAUAACAGCAUGAAUGUUUUUUUUUUUUUUUUGUUGCCGAUUAUUUAAUUUUUUUGCUGUGGCAAGUGAGACGAAUAUUUGUUAACCAAUGUUAUCAGGUGCAGUGCUUUCAUUUUAAGUGUUCUUACUGAGCUGGGCUAAAUGGAUAUGGAAGGUCUGUAAAUACGUGAAUGGUUGUUACAAAAUUAGUUUUAAAUUAGGGAGUCAAGUAUAUUGCUGAUGUAUUGCAUGGGUGCUAUUGCUGUGUAAUUGUACUUAGAAUUCAGCAGUGUGUGUAUAUGUAACUAAGCAGUGUUACCCACCCUUGGAUUGUUGAAUGCUGAACGAUAACGAGGUGUCCCGUGGAGGACCACCAAGUUAAUCUUUAAAUUAUUUUUAUUGUUAUUUUUAUACCUGUCCAUGCCUGUGAAUUUCUGGUCGUCUGGGAAAUGUUGCCAAACACUUGGAAGAUAUGUUGCAAUGCUGUUGUUAAAAGGGAAUGCAUAGAGGAAGAGUAUAAAUCAGAAAUACCCAAAAAGUGAACAUUGGUUUGAAAUAUGCGCCAUGGCUGUUGAUGCAAAGAUAAAGUGCAUGAUGGUGAUGUACGUUACAUGGUAACUGAAGUGUAUGAAUUUUUGAAGAUGCUACACAAAAGCUACCUUGCAUUUAUUCAUAAAUUUUUUUUUAUAUAUAUAAAGAAGAAUGCAUGUUAUUUAGAACUGAUUUGUGUGCGUCAUGCCACUGAUUUGAUUUGGCUUUAGUUCAGAAGUGUGUGAUUUAGAUUUGUGUGUUUUGAUUAGCUAAACUGGCUUGACAAGAUGUGAUAUUAUCACAAGUGAAACAAGUUUAUAUUUAAUACAAGAGGUUAAGUAUACUACUGGUACAUUACAAAGGGGCUUAGUGAAUAUUUUCAAGACAAAUUGAGAACGUGUGAUUGAUGAUUAUUGUCCAAAGGAUUUUUUAUUUUCCAUGUUUAAAUUAUUUUUUGGAACUAUUUUUAAAUUAAAUGGAAAAAAGAAAUACAAAUUUCAACAUCGCUACAUUUCUUUAAAAAGAUUUUUUUUUUGUAGUUUCCUAAUUUAUUCUUGAUCAGCAUGCCUUCUGAAGAAAAAACAAAAAACUUCAAACCAUUAACAAUUUAGAUUUUAACAUUCAGGAAACUUUUUUUGUGUCAGAUAAAUUAUGGUGGCCACAAUGAUGUUACCAUAAGUUGAAUAAAUAUAUACAAAUAGUACAGUACAAAAAAAAACGUUACUAUUUAAAAUUGAAUAUUGACAAUGAAAUAUAAAUAACCAAGCAAUCGGAGAAGCAACAGUUUAUUUAAGUAAUCAGCUUCCUUCAGUCUGAUCCCUAGCGUCCUUUUAUUUACAUUCCUUGCCUUCCAAAUCAAAUCUUCAUUACUUGUCCUUCAUAAGGGUACAAGUACAUGCAGUCCAUGAAAUCCAGACCACCAGAAUAGACACUCCUCAAAGGCACAGACGUUAUUUGUGUAAAUUCUUGUUAAGUCAAAUCAGGGGUUAGAAUAUGAAUAAUUAUUAUUAUUAAGACAGCACAUCUCACAGCAGCCAUAAGAAAAAUUCAUGCUUGUUUGGGUACAGCAAUGCCAGCCAUUGAUAUAUUAGAGCUUAGUGUUGCUAUACAUACUUAACUGAGUUUUAUGUUCAGUCUAUACAAGAGAGAUUAAAUCAUACAAUUAUUUCAGAAAAGCAAAUCUGUAAUCAAUCAAUAAUUUCUUUUGUCAUAAAAAAAACCAAGCACACCAAUAUUUAAAGCCAUGCAACAUGACUAAAAAAUAAUAUUGAUUUAACAUGGUCAUGACCCAAUACAAGGGAUACUUUGGUUUGCCAGUGAUUUCUUUGGUAUUAUGGCAUGGUAACAAAGUUGAACUGCUAGAAAGGGAACCAGUUCCUAAUCCUGUAAACUGCAUAAAAAAUUGAUUGAUUUGUAGGUAAUAAUUAUGACGCUAAAAACAAUACAUGUAAAGUAAUAAUAGUUAUAAUUUAAAAUCACAAUUUGUAAAGUACAAUUUAAAUUUAAAAAAAAAAAAAAAAAAAAAAAUUGAUUGAUUUGUAGGUAAUAAUUAUGACGCUAAAAACAAUACAUGUAAAGUAAUAAUAGUUAUAAUUUAAAAUCACAAUUUGUAAAGUAAAAUUUAAAUUUAAAAAAAAAAAAAAAGAGGGUAUUCCUUAGUGCAUACAGUAAGUUCCUAAUUUAUUUAGCUUUGUAAAGAUUUGUGAAAAAAAAACGCUUAAAGAAUCGAUUACAAGUUUUUUUUCCUUUAGAAUGAAUUGCAUCAGAUUGCGCAUAUCUUUUAA